AAAACCCGAGAAGUGAUGUUAUGAAAUAGCAAAGUUUUUUAUAUUAGAAAUUCCCAAAGAAGAGAGAGGAAAUGGGGGAAAGUUUUCCAAUGAAAGGUGGAGAUGGUGCUCACAGUUACGCCAAAAACUCCCAAUAUCAGAAAGAAGCGUCGGAUUCGGUGAAGGAAAUGAUCCGAGAAGUAGUGGUUGAGAAACUAGACACAGAAUCAAUAUCGAGCAGAGUGACGAUAGCAGAUUUGGGGUGUUCGGUUGGGCCGAACACAUUCUUCGCAGUUGAGAAUCUGAUGGAAGCAGUUGAGACCAAGUCUUGUUCGAAAAACAAGCUGGAAUUCCAAGUAUUCUUCAACGAUCACUCAGCCAAUGAUUUCAACACGCUCUUCGCCUCCCUCCCAGCGGACAGGCAGUACCACGCAGCCGGGGUGCCCGGCUCGUUCCACGGCCGCCUUUUCCCACGCAACUCCAUCACUCUGGCGCACUCCUCCUACGCUCUCCAGUGGCUUUCCAAGCCGCCUCAAGGGGUGCGAAACGAGGGCAGAAUUCACGGCUUGGGCGCGCCUGAGGAGGUGGGCAGGGCCUACUCGGAUCAGUUUGAGAAGGAUUUGGGAGAUUUCAUGAGUGCAAGAGCAGAGGAGAUUGUGAGUGGAGGGCUCAUGUUUCUCCUCAUUCCUGCAGCUCCUGAGGGGGUCUCCCAGACUGACCCCACGGUCAUCUUCGAUUUCUAUGGCUAUACGCUAAUGGAUUUAGCCAAGGAGGGAGUUGUGGAGAAAAGCGCCAUAGACGCGUUCAACUUGCCCAUCCAUAUGGCCACAAUAGGGGAGAUGAGGAAAGUGGUGGAGAAGAAUGGGAGUUUUAGCAUAGAGAGAAUAGAGCUGAGCAAGGGCAAGGCGAGGAAUGAGGAAGCGCUUGAUGCAGCUAACGUGUUGGCGCACAUGAGAGCUGGAAUGGAGGGAGUUUUCAGCGCGCACUUUGGAGCUUCCGUCGCUGACAAAAUGUUCACCAAUGUUUUACGAAAGGCUCCACAAAUUUCAGAAUGCUUCCAAGCUCUCCAUAAUACUCCUAAUCAGCUCUUUCUUGUGCUCACCCGCAAAUAAUUCAUCUUUA